GGCGAGGUGAAAUGUCAAGUCUCUUAGAUCCAUACAUUUAUAUCAAAUAAAAACACAAAAAUAUAGUUCUGGUGUCUGGUUAUUCAAAAAAAGUCCAUUGCAGUAGGAAUAUGGUAGUUCUAAGCACCUUAAAACCCCUCUUACAAAGAGGGUCCUCACUGCUUCUGAAAAAUGCAGGUAAAUGCUUCUUGAUUAUGUAAUCUGUUAAGGUUAUAAUUAUUGUACCAAAUGGUCAUCCUAAGCUAUCAAAUCUACCCUAUACGAGAAUAUAUUUGCGCAAAAAUCCUUUGUUUUAGCUACAAGAGCCAUGUCGGAACACCGAACCUUCCCUAUGGUACCAUCCCGAUGGCAAUGGAACAGAUUCAAGGAUUUGCUACACUUCUAUUUUAUGCUUGGUUUCAUCCCCAUUACAGCUGUCAUCACUUAUGCAAAUGUUUUUAUUGGACCUGCAACUUUAUCUGAAAUACCAGAGGACUAUACUCCAAAAUAUUGGGAGUAUUAUAGGCACCCCAUCACAAGAUUUAUAGCUAGAUAUAUGCUCAACGACCCACAGCAAGACUAUGAAAAAUAUUUGCACUUCAUUUAUGAAGAACAAGAAAGAAUAAAGUUGAGGAGAUUAGAAAAGAGAAUUAAAGAAAAAAUGGGUGAAAGGCAGGAUUACCAGGCAUAUUACUACAGACCUGUUUUAGCUAAAUAUCAUAGAAUUUCAAGAGAAGCUGCAGAUUAUCUUGAAACAAUUCGUGGUGAAUAAUUUUUUCAGCUUGGUUGUUAGUUUUACUUUAGUUUGAAUAAACAGUGAAGGAUAGUUUGUUUCUUAUUUUUGGGAAAAAUGAAUUGCAG